AGAUCCAUGGCCUGCCCCCCACUGUCCCCCUCCCCAGCCGCUUCCCUGGCAGCUCCCGCUCCCACCCGGCCUCGGCUCCCUCCAGGUCGCGCGGUGAAACGCUGCGGGCGCUGACCCGCCCCCCGCCGCUCCCGCCGCUGAGCGGUUCCUCCGCUGACUCAGCGGCGCUCGUGCCCCGGUGACCCCGGCUUGGAGGCGGCGGCGUGUCAGGGCGCUUCCUCCUCCCCGCCCCCGCGGUACCAUCCCGGCGGACACUCGCCUUGGCAGCGGCUGCAGCAGUGACCGGCCCAGCCCGCAGAGCUCACCAUGAAGCGGGGCUACGAGGUGACCCGCAACCCCCAUCUCAACAAGGGCAUGGCUUUUACUUUGGAAGAGAGACAACAGUUGAAUAUUCAUGGACUAUUGCCUCCUUGCUUUCUCAGUCAAGAUGUCCAGGUUUUAAGGAUUCUCGUGAAUUUUGAAAGACAAACAUCUGACCUAGACAGAUACAUUCUGUUAAUGGGUCUUCAGGAUCGAAAUGAAAAGCUUUUCUAUAAAGUGCUGACAUCUAACAUUGAAAGGUUCUUGCCUAUUGUUUAUACUCCCACUGUGGGUCUGGCUUGCCAACAAUAUGGUUUAGCAUUUCGGAGGCCAAGAGGUCUUUUUAUCACCAUCCAUGACCGGGGGCACAUUGCUACAAUGCUUAAAUCAUGGCCUGAAGAUGCCAUCAGGGCUAUUGUGGUGACUGAUGGAGAACGUAUUCUUGGCCUUGGAGACCUUGGCUGUUAUGGAAUGGGCAUCCCAGUUGGUAAAUUGGCCCUUUACACAGCAUGUGGAGGAAUGAAACCACAGGAAUGCCUGCCUGUAAUCCUGGAUGUGGGAACUGAUAAUGAGGAGUUGCUAAAAGAUCCCUUAUAUAUUGGACUGAGGCACAAAAGAGUCAGGGGUCAAGCUUAUAAUGACCUUCUUGAUGAAUUCAUGCAAGCUGUGACUUUCAGGUAUGGCAUGAAUUGCCUUAUUCAGUUUGAGGAUUUUGCUAAUGCCAAUGCAUUCCGCCUCCUGAAUAAGUAUCGUAACAAAUACUGCACAUUCAAUGAUGACAUUCAAGGAACAGCGGCUGUGGCUGUUGCAGGUCUUCUAGCAGCUCUGCGUAUCACUGAGAACAAGCUGUCAGAUCAUACUAUACUGUUCCAGGGAGCUGGAGAGGCUGCCCUUGGGAUAGCAAAUCUGAUUAUUAUGGCUAUGCAAAAAGAAGGGACACCUGAACAAGAGGCCAUCAAAAAGAUAUGGAUGGUUGACUCAAAAGGAUUAAUAGUUAAGGAGCGUUCCUCAUUAACAACUGAGAAAGAAAGAUUUGCCCAUAAACAUGAUGAAAUGAAAAAUCUGGAAGAUAUCGUUAGAGCUAUAAAACCAACUGUACUCAUAGGAGUUGCAGCUAUUGGUGGUGCAUUUACAAAACAGAUUCUCAAAGAUAUGGCUUCCUUUAACAAGCAGCCUAUCAUUUUUGCCCUAAGUAACCCAACCAGCAAAGCGGAGUGCUCUGCAGAGCAGUGCUACCAGAUGACUGAGGGGCGUGGCAUUUUUGCAAGUGGAAGCCCCUUUGACCCUGUGACGCUUCCAAGUGGGCGCACUUUCUAUCCUGGACAGGGUAACAAUGCAUAUGUGUUUCCUGGAGUUGCCCUUGGUGUUGUUUCAUGUGGAUUGAGAUACAUAAGUGAAGAAAUUUUUCUCACUACUGCUGAGGUGAUAGCUCAACAGGUUUCAAAGAAACAUUUAGAGGAGGGUCGUCUAUACCCUCCAUUAGUCACUAUUCGAGAUGUGUCACUGAAAAUUGCUGUGAAGAUUGCAGAACAAGCCUACAGCAAUAAAACAGCAUCUUUCUAUCCUGAGCCUGAAGACAAGGAAGCAUUCAUCCGCUCACAGGUUUAUAGCACUGAUUAUGACAGCUUUGUAGUGGACUCUUAUGUCUGGCCCGAGGAAGCCAUGAAAAUACAGACCGGAAAUCUUUAAUAGAAAAUGAACAAGGUAGCAGUAGUUGAAGGAAUUCAGAUACCUAUUACUGUUUUGUCUGUUAAAUCUAAAAAUUAUUAGUUUUUUUUUUUAAUCUUUAAUAGAAAAUGAACAAGGUAGCAAUAGUUGAGAGUUCAAAUAUUUAGUAGUUUUCUGUCAAAUCUAAAAAUUAUUUUUUAAUAUGCUGAAAACUUUUACAAUCAGACUAAUUUUUUCUUUAAAACUUUUAUUUCAAAUUAGUUAAGUUGCUAAAAUAACUGUACACAUAAGAAUAAAAAUCAAUUUGGGCAAUGGA